CCCGCCCGCCGCGGCCUCCAGCCCGGCCCCGCCCGGAGGGCGCGCGGGGAUGCCGAGCGGAGGGCGCCGGAGGCCGCGGCCCGGCUAGGCCCGCGCUCGGCCCGGACGCGGCGCCCGACGCUGGGUACAUCGGCUGGGCUCAGGGCGACCCUGCCGAGAGGGGACCGUGAGUGGCACUGGGGGUGCCCCAGCUCCUGGAACUGGGCGCCAUGAACGACGUGGCCAUCGUGAAGGAGGGCUGGCUGCACAAGAGAGGGGAGUACAUCAAAACCUGGCGGCCGAGGUACUUCCUGCUCAAGAACGACGGCACCUUCAUCGGCUACAAGGAGCGGCCCCAGGAUGUGGAGCAGCGGGAGUCCCCUCUGAACAACUUCUCCGUGGCUCAAUGCCAGCUGAUGAAGACGGAGCGGCCCCGGCCCAACACUUUCAUCAUCCGCUGCCUGCAGUGGACCACGGUGAUCGAGCGGACCUUCCACGUGGAGACCCCUGAGGAGCGGGAGGAGUGGACGACCGCCAUCCAGACGGUGGCCGAUGGGCUCAAGAGGCAGGAGGAGGAGAUGAUGGACUUCAGGUCGGGCUCGCCCAGUGACAACUCGGGGGCCGAGGAGAUGGAGGUGUCCCUGGCCAAGCCCAAGCACCGUGUGACCAUGAAUGAGUUUGAGUACCUGAAGCUGCUGGGGAAGGGCACGUUCGGGAAGGUGAUCCUGGUGAAGGAGAAGGCCACGGGCCGCUACUAUGCCAUGAAAAUCCUGAAGAAGGAGGUCAUCGUGGCUAAGGACGAGGUCGCCCACACGCUCACGGAGAACCGUGUUCUCCAGAACUCGAGGCAUCCGUUCCUGACAGCCCUGAAGUACUCCUUCCAGACCCACGACCGCCUCUGCUUCGUCAUGGAGUACGCCAACGGGGGCGAGCUCUUCUUCCACCUGUCCCGGGAGCGCGUGUUCCCCGAGGACCGGGCCCGCUUCUACGGCGCCGAGAUCGUGUCCGCCCUGCACUACCUGCACUCAGAGAAGAACGUCGUCUACCGCGACCUCAAGCUGGAGAACCUCAUGCUGGACAAGGACGGGCACAUUAAGAUCACCGACUUCGGCCUGUGCAAGGAGGGCAUCAAGGACGGGGCCACCAUGAAGACCUUCUGCGGGACGCCCGAGUACCUGGCCCCCGAGGUGCUGGAGGACAACGACUACGGCCGGGCGGUCGACUGGUGGGGGCUGGGCGUGGUCAUGUAUGAGAUGCUGUGCGGCCGCCUGCCCUUCUACAACCAGGACCACGAGAAGCUCUUCGAGCUCAUCCUCAUGGAGGAGCUCCGCUUCCCGCGCACGCUCAGCCCCGAGGCCAAGUCCCUGCUGUCGGGGCUGCUCCGGAAGGACCCGAAGCAGAGGCUUGGAGGGGGCCCGGAGGACGCCAAGGAGAUCAUGCAGCACCGUUUCUUCGCUAGCAUCGUGUGGCAGGACGUGUAUGAGAAGAAGCUCAGUCCGCCCUUCAAGCCCCAGGUCACGUCGGAGACGGACACCCGGUACUUUGACGAGGAGUUCACGGCGCAGAUGAUCACCAUCACGCCACCCGACCAAGGUGACACCAUGGAGGGCGAGGACAGCGAGCGGAGGCCCCACUUCCCACAGUUCUCCUACUCGGCCAGCGGCACGGCCUGAGGGAGGCCAGCUGGCUGCCCUGCUCCUGGCGGCUGCAGGGGACGGGGAGGAAGCCUCGCAGGACUGUGUGUGUUUGGGGUGAUUUCUGGGUGUGGGAGGAACCACGCCCUCCUCCCGGCGGGGAUGGAAGAUGCUUCAUGCUGUGGGCGGGCGGCCGGCCUCCGAGGAAAGACGUCCUGCGGGGUUUUUAAUUUAUUUCAUCUCCGUCUCCAGACACGGCCUUGGCCUUCAGAACGAUUGGGGUCACGUAGGAAAUGGUCAAGGACCUUAUGCAGCCACGUGCAGGUGGGGGUCUGGGUGCCCUGCCUAUGGCCCCUGCAUCCCUCCCGCCAGCUGUCUCGGCCCGGCCCGGGGCACCAGCAGCAGCUGGUUGUGGCGCGCGGGCCUGGUCCCUUCCCUGGGGCAGGCCAGGCCGGGCUCGCCCGGAGGCAGAGGAACGAGGUUGCAGCCCGUUGCUGUGUAUUAUGCUAUUCACUUGUAUUUUGGGGUUUUUAAUCACAGUGGCCAGAAAGCCCCUCCCACACUUUGGUCCCUUCGGGGCUGUGUCACUGGGACAGUGUCCCCAGGUAGCACCCGUCCUUCGGCGCAGCUUCACUGGCCCGCUGUGCGCCCAGCGCCCCUGGGGAGGGGCCGCGGCACACCUUCCGCGCCUCGAGGCUAGACGCCAUGCCACCAGGGCGCUUUUUACAUUCGACUUUACUAUUUUUACUAUCACAAGACUUUCCCCCCAGACUCCUCAAUAAACACUGCUUUUCA